UUCAGCGAUCAGCUUUCUUGCGUACAACAUUGAAUUUUUUUUGACUGUUUUCAAAGCAAAAUGUCUAGAUUUUAGUGCUUUAUGCUCAAAGUGACCCUUGAACUUCAUCGAUCUGAACCAAUUUAUUGACAAAAGUGACCAAAAUACAUCAAAAGAUGUCAAAAUUCAGCUUCUUAAUUGCAUUCCUUAUCAUCACCUUCUGUGACUCAAAUCAAUCAACAAACAUAGAAUGUUCUUACACAACUGGCGGGUUUCUCAUUAGUAAAGCCAUUUAUUACUGCGCCGUCAAACGAAACCCAAACAUUUUAACACCGGAAUCAGCUCAAAACUGCACAGUUAGUGGAGCUCAUGUCAGUUCAAACACUAAUGAUGAUGUUCAUGGAAUUUAUGCUGCAUCGAAGACAAUGAACUACUUCCCACGUGGACUCGAAAAGUCUUUCAAGAAUCUUCGAAGAAUUUACAUCGAUCACUGUGGAAUGGCUGAACUUCAUCAAGCAGAUCUUAAACCUUUCACACAAUUAAGUCACAUCUACAUCGUGGACAUCAUUGAGGUGGUCGAGGAAGGACUUUUUGAAUUUAAUCCUAAUUUAGAGUGGGUUGGGUUCUCUGGAGCUGAUUUAAUCCACAUUGACUCCAAUGUCUUUGAUCAUUUGACUAAAUUAGUGACUUUUUGGCUCUCAAAUGUUCCGUGUGUCAAAAAACAUAUUAGCGACUCCUAUGAGAUGACAAAGGAAGCUAUCCAGUUGGUGAAAAAUCAAUGCACAAACUCAGAAUUUCAGGAAUUGAAGAAUAAACUACGUAAUUUGGAGAUUGAGUCUAAAACAUUGAGUCCUGAUGAGUUUAAGACUAAGUUUGAAGCAUUUGAGAGAAGCUUUAUAACCUCAAAAUUUUCAAAAUAUCGUCCAUUGAAUUAUAAGUUUGAGAAUCUCAAGGAUUAUUUAGGAUUUGUGGAUACAAAGUUACAUGUUAUACAUCCUCAACCAACAUCUGAGCUUGAAGUAUGUCCAAAAAUUGAGGCUUCUUCCUCAGAUUUACUUGACAACUUGAAGAACAUCAGCGGAUUACUAAUAGACAUCAAAUCAUCACAGUGUGGAAUUAGGGACCCAAUUCCAAGCAUGAGUAGCUCUAUAGCAACUUUAACCUUAAACAUCAACAACAUCACAUCUUCAGUUCAUCAGUUAAAAACAUCACAAAGUAAUUCAGCUAGCUCCCUUGAUGUAAAGCUUAAUUCUCUAAGAUCAUCGCAAGAAGCACACAAGUCAGCAAUGGAUGGCAUCAAAGAAUCAAUCAGCGACAUCGAAGCGACACUCAGCAACGUCAAGACAUCCCAAAAUGACUUUAAAUCAUCAUUGUCGAAGAUUAAAACUUCUCAAAAUGAGAUCAGAAUUUCACUGGAUGAGAUUAAAGGCGGCAAAUGUGAGAGCUCUGGAGAUGAGUUGGAAGUCAUUAAGGAGAAAUUGGAAGCUCACUUGAUGGAUUUUGAGGUUAAGAAUGCUGAAAAAUUUGGCAAUAUGGAGAAAGAGUUCAUGAGCACAAGACACAAAAUUGAGAUGAGCUUGGAUGAAAAAAUGAAAGGAAUCGAGAAGCGAUUGACAAAAAAGUUCGAAGAUUUUCAGGAUAAAUUUGUAAAAAUUCUCGAAUCUAAAUUGGAAAAUAUCCAAAGUUCCUUAAAAUCUAAUUUUGUUCCUCAGGAUUCAGUUUCUUCUACACCAUCAAAUGCUAGAAAAAGGUUUAAAGUUUUUGAACCAUGAUAGUCCGUGAACCAUUCUUCCUUGUUAA